GACUAUCACAAACCUAUAGAAAAAUUCACAUUCGCAUAUUUUCUUUUUAAUUCAACAAUGUUAUAGAUUAAGGAAAUAUUUUAAUACAAAUUAAAUGUAGAAAAUAGGUUUACGAAUUAAAUACAAAGUAUAUGUAGGAAAGGCCUACAUCUACAUCAACGGUUAUCUCAUCUGUUAUCCGUUAUGGAAUAUGAAUAACUGUAUGUAUUUCAAUUAUACGUGAAUUUUUAAAAGUUUAGGGGAAAUGUAUGAUGAUAGCAAUAAUACAAAUAAAGAUGCAUUUCAAGAACCUCGAAAAAAAUUUUGGCUGCGAACAAGAAAACGUCCAAAAAGUGAUGCUAUUAGUAUCAACUCAAUGGACAUAUCUAUCGAAUCGGAUGUAGGCAAAAAGAAAAAAAGAAGAAGAAUUACAGAAGUGGCCAGCAGUAUAUUUUCAUCUUCUACUUUAGGUAGUAAACAAGGAAAUAAUUUUCAUAGAUCUUUCACAAUUCAACCAAAUACACCAGACUUGCCAUUUGUGAAUAAUGAAGCAGAUACAGGAACAUUAAAGAAAAAGCACAAAAAUAAUAUUGAAAACUCUAAUAAUAUUACACUCAGAAGUUGGGUACUUGAUGUAGCAAAUACAAAUAUCAAGGAUAAACCUAAUUAUGUUUUAAGCAGAAAAGAAGUGAAAAGACAAGAAGCAAUUUAUGAAUUGUAUUGUGGAGAAAAUGUAUUCAUUAAUGACUUAUGUAUACUCAAAGAUUUUUACUAUGAACCACUGAUAUCUAGUAGUAUUUUUAGUUCUGAUGAAUUAGUCACAGUUUUUGGAGAUAUAACACAACUUAUUGAAAUACAUAAUAGAUUGAGAAAUGAAUUAAUUGGUCUAAGAGAUAAAUAUGGAUUUACAGAAACAGUUGGAUCUACAAUAUUAAAUUGGAUUCCAAUAUUAACAAACCCAUACCUGGAAAGGUGCCGAACACAAAUAUGGGCAAAACACUUGUUAGAUGAAAAAAGGUUGACAAACAAACGUUUUCAAUCUUUUUUAAAAAAACGUUUAGAAUCUCCUCAUUCAAUAGAUUUGUGGACUUAUAUAGAUGUAGCAAGAUCAAGAAUUGUUAAAUACCCUUUAUUGAUUAAGGAAAUAUUAAAGCAUACUGUAGCAACACAUGCAGAUCAGACAUCCUUAAAAGAAGCAUAUGAUUUGAUAUCCAAUUUACUUAAAAAUAUAGAUAAAACCAUGGGUGAUGCAGAAUGCAAAUUGGCUCAGUCAAAAAUUAAUGUAAAGCUAGAUUAUGAUCCUAGUAAAUGCAUUGAAAAUGCAACAGAGAUAAUCACUCAAGGGCAGCUUAAAGAUACAAGGGGAAUGAAAUUUCAGUGUUUUCUUUUUAACACUGGUUUUGCAAUAACUCGUGGAACAAGAUCUUCAAGUAAAAGAUACAAUUUAUUUUGUCCUGUUAUACUCAAGGAACAAAUCUGCAUAAGUACAAAUGAAAAGAUUGAUUAUGGUUUUAAAAUUGGAGAUCAAAUUUUAAUAACAGAAGAUGAACAUGGAAAAAGACAUUGGAUUGAUUCGUUUAGUAAAGUUUACAAAUGCAAUAUUAGUCCAUCACAAAAUGUAAUUGACAUUAGUGAAAAAGAAAAUGAAGAAAUUUUAACACCACCAAAAACAAAUCGAUCUACUAGAUUGUCUAUGAAUAAAACAAGUGAAAAUAAUUUUUCAUUAACGUUAAAAAGGAGUUUUUUAAAACAGAAGCGCAACAGCAGCAUUGGUUUUGUUUAACAUUAGACAACUUUGAAUUUAUUAUUUUAUGUUCAUACAUU